AAUCCCUUAGGGACGGAAUUUAUCAAACAUCAGGAAGACACCCUUCUCACUCAACGAGUCAGUUCACAGUCACAACUCUAGAUUUAACAGUGCAACUGUUAACACACGCGUUUGGGUUCAGUGCUUUUUCUACAGACAACAGCCACACUGUUUUUGACGAGCGACAGCGCCGAACUUUAAUUUAUGUAUUUAACCAGCCAAGUUGUGACGCAUUUGGUUUCCCUGUGUUGUUAACACGUUAUGAAGCCACAUCUUGUCGUCUAUUUGUGUAACAGGAAUUUUAGUCUAGGCAUUUGUGAUUUGAAUAACAAUCCGGAUCGGGAGUAUAAUUUAAUAUGAAUGACAACAAUAUGGAUUCUGAUCAAGUUCAACAAACAGAUGGCAGCACAUCAGAAGAAUCAAUAAGUAUUCCUAAUCAAAGGAUGACAAGAUAUCAGAUCCUCACAUUGAUAUCAAUGGCAUCUGUCAACUUCAGCUCAAUGAUCUGCUACUCUAUACUGGGGCCAUUCUUCCCCAACGAGGCCAUGAAAAAAGGAGCCAGUCAGACUGUCAUCGGACUUAUAUUUGGCUGCUAUGCUCUGUGCAAUCUGAUGGGCUCUUUAGUACUGGGUAAAUAUAUUGUCCAGAUUGGGGCAAAGGUCAUGCUAAUUUCAGGCUUAUUCGUAUCAUCGGGGUGCACCAUUCUCUUUGGCUUACUCGACCGAGUUCCUGAGGGAGCUACUUUUAUUACUUUGUGCUUUAUCAUAAGAUCUGUUGAUGCUCUGGGCUUCAGUGCUGCAAUGACUUCUUCUUUUGCAAUUUCGGCAAAAGUUUUCCCCAACAACAUAGCAACUGUUCUGGGUAGUUUGGAGAUCUUUACAGGGCUGGGUCUGAUUCUGGGACCACCAAUAGGUGGAUGGCUGUAUCAGUCUUUUGGAUACGAAGUCCCUUUCAUGGCUCUGGGAUGCUUUCUAUUUCUUAUGGUCCCCUUCAACAUCUACAUCUUACCAAGCUUUGCUGCUGAACCUACCAAGGACUCCUUCUUCAGGCUGUUCACACGUCUGAAGAUAGUCCUCAUUUGCUUUGCCAUAUUCACCCUGAGCUCUGGCCUUGGCUUUCUGGAUGCAACCUUGUCCAUAUAUGCCAUUGAUAAGUUUGACCUCUCUCCAGGAUAUGUGGGUCUUCUCUUGCUUGGCCUGUCGUUGCCUUACUGUCUGGCCUCACCUCUGCUUGGUAUCGUUAGUGACAGGUUUCCUUCCAUAAGGCCAUGGUUGAUGGUGCUAGGAGGCUUGUCUACAGCAACUGGUUUCUGGUUCUUAGGUCCUGUCCCCAUUCUGCAGAUACAGAGUCAGCUGUGGCUGUUGGUCUUCAUGCUGGGUGUCAUAGGAUUCUCUCUAAGCAUGAUUGCCAUCCCCACCUUCCCUGAAAUACUCAACUGUGCAUAUGAAAAUGGAUUUGAGGAGGGGCUGAGCACUCUCGGACUGGUGUCUGGAUUGUUUGGAGCAGUGUGGUCCAUUGGAAUGUUUUGUGGUCCAACGCUCGGUGGCUUCACCACACAGCAGCUGAGCUUUGAGUGGGCUGCUUCUAUUCAAGGAGGCCUGGCCUUUUUAGCCGCUUUCUUUCUUGGUAUAUAUUUUCUCUGUCAAAGAACACGACAAAGAAGGGCUCCUCAGAUCAAGAGGAAAAUACCUUCAGAUGAACAUACCCGUCUUCUGUCCUGAACAACGAUCAUCUACCAGGAACAUGUACAGUGAGGGAUGGGUACCAAACAAUAAACACCAUUUCUUAAAAUAUUAUGUGUAUGUAUUGCUAGAGAUUGAGGUGGGCAUGCAUUGUAUUGCUAGAGAUUGUGAUAAAACAGAACAAUGAGAAAGCUAUUUCACCAGAUGUAUAAAUGUGAAGCAUCCGGUUGGCGUUUCCACUCAUUACCAAACAUGGUGGUGAGAAGAAGCCCAGUGGCCGGGAGUGGGAGAAGAUGGAGCGAGAUGGAUUUUGGCCGACAUUCUGCAAAUUUUCUCUUCGAUGAAACAUUUGAUCUCAUUACAGUUUUCUGUUUCCAAAACUGUUACGAACAGAGUGGACUAAGUUUUGUAGACUUUACCCUUUGCCAAAGUUUUAAAAAAGUGCAUUAUUUAGGAGUGCAAGGGCAAAUUUAGUAGACGUUCCCUAACAGAAAUAUGUAAAUACAUGCUAGAACACACCAAUAGGCUCUCGCUAGCGUUUGCUUGGCUAUGCCCACCUCACUUGUUCUGCCCGCUAUGAUUAAUUUGCUUACAUUGGAAACGACAGGCUGUGCUCUAUCCUGGGUUAGUUAUAAAAAAAAUCUUUGGUGAUAAUGUACAGUGCAUUCGGAAAGUAUUCAGACCCCUUUACUUUUUCCACAUGUUUGUUACUUUAUAGGCUUAUUGUAAAAUGUAUUAAAUAAAAACAUUUCCUCAUCAAACUACACACAAUACCCCAUAAUGACAAAGCAAAAACAGGUUUUUAGACAUUUUUGCAACAAAAAACAACAGAUAUCACAUUUACAUAAGUAUUCAGACCUUUUACUCAGUACUUUGUAGAAGCACCUUUGGCAGUGAUUACAGCCUUGAGUCUGUAUUUGGGGAGUUUCUCCAAUUCCUCUCAAGCUUUGUCAGAUUGAAUGGGGAGUAUUGCUUCACAGCUAUUUUCAGGUUUCUCCAGAGAUGUUCGAUCUGGGCUCUGACUGGGCCACUCAAGCACAUUCAGAGACUUGUCCCGAAGCCACUCCUGUGUUGUCUUGACUGUGUGCUUAGGGUCGUUGUCCUGUUGGAAAGUGAACCUUUGCCCAAGUCUGAGAUCCUGAGCACUCUGGAGCAGGUUUCCAUCAACGAUUUCUCUGUACUUUGCUCCGUUCAUCUUUCCCUCGAUCCUGACUAGUCUCCCAGUACCUGCUGUUGAAAAACAUCCCCACAGCAUGAUGCUGCCACCACCUUGCUUCACCGUAGGGAUGGUGCCAGAUUUGGCAAAAAUCUCUAAAAACCUGUUUGCGCUUUGUCAUUAUAGUGUAUUGUUAUUUAAUCAAUUUUAGCAUAAGGCUGUAAUGUAACAAAAUGUGGAAAAAUUCAAGCGUCUGAAUACUUUCUGAAGGCACCGUAUAUUAGCAGCCAGACAGUGAACAACAUAUAUCUAUAUACACUACAGAGGUGCUAAACGUGGACUGUAACUUGUAUUCAAAUGUAAAACUAAGAGGAUGAUGCUACACAUAUUGACUCUUUUGUUGUCAUAGAGUAGCACUAGCAAUCCAAACAAAAGCAGUUCAGUUUUCAUUAUGGCAAUAUCAAAAUAAGACCUGUGUAUACUUACUUGAACUGUCAAGGACCUCAACAAGCUGUGGUAAAGCUUUGGAACUUUUUUGAAUGAGCUUUUAGCAAGUUAUUUCAAAACACCAUUUACUUAGGAAUAGGUGAAUGGCUCAUAAAAUAAUGUUUACUUAAUGACAAUCAAUGGGCAUUUAUCAGUUGGCAAUGUAAACAUAUACCCAUUGAAAUACAGUACUAUGUAAAUGCCUCUCAUUUCCAACACCACAUGACUUGAAUUAUUUGUCUGAACAGUGGGGUCAGAACACAAUGUGCAUAGCUAUUGACCUCCUUCAUGGUUAUGUAGAUUGCCCAUUGACAAAAAUGACUGUAUCCACUUGUCAAGUGAUCAUAACUGUGGUUCAUUCAAGUACAGCAAACUAUUUGAAAAUAUGUAACUAAUGUAAUCUUAGACCUUUGUUACAGUCUUGUAGUUACAUGUCUUUGGUGUUAUUCCAAUGUGUGCUUCUGCUCUCUUAAACUCCUAUUUACAAUAAUGGCAUUAGGAGAAAUCUAGGUACCUUUUUCCUCACUGACUGCAGAGUUCCAAAUUACAUUAGUCUGGUCAAAUAAAAUAGGGAAUUCAUAAUAAAAGAUAACUGAUGUUGUCUAC